AUGCAAACAACACGCUCUAAGUCACAAAUGGAUCUUAGGAGCGAAGAUCGAAGCCCAUUAGUCAUAGAAAUAGAGAUGGAAAAGGGCUUUUUCCGGAAAGCAAGUAAAUAUUCAAACAUAUUAAAAACAAUGCUCAAUGUAUUAAUAAUUUUAAUUGUUCAUACAGGUACAGGCAUUGCUUUAAUAUUAACCAUGGCAAAGAGACCAGCAUUACCUUCCCUUCCUGAUACUUUGCAAAAUUUAAUCCCAUAUAUGCCAUAUGAAAAGUAUGUGAACAUAUUAAUGCUCGCCAUGAUGGUUUCGGAAUUUAUUUUUAUAGCAUGCGACUCUCGUAGAUGGUUUAUUUAUCGUAGAACUUUAGCUGUAUAUUCUCUUUUAUCAUUUUUGCGCGUAUUAACAAUGACAUCUACCUAUUUACCUGAUCCAUCCCCAAAUUGUCCUGCAAUCCAUGAUACUACUGUCGAAAUUUCUAUUCCCAGAUUAUGGAAAGCGCUUUUUGGCGGAAUUACUUGCGGCGAUAUGAUAUACUCUGGCCAUACAAUGGGAUUCAUGUUCCCUGGUCUCAUUCAUCAUAGAUUUUUCAACAAGAAAUUGGGUGUUCUUUAUUUGGUCCUUGGCUUCAUUGGAUCAUUCUCACUCAUUUUGACAAGAUUCCAUUAUACUGUUGACGUUCUUCUGUCUAUUAUCUUAACUACUACAAUGUGGUUCACAUAUAACUUAAUUUGUGAGCAUCCUUCACUUUACAAGAGUCUUCCUGCUUGGCUUUCGAGAUAUUUUUACUUCAUGGAAUGGUCUGAAAUGGGUGAAGAAAGAGAUUAA